CUGCCACAGGGAAGUUUAAUCAGGUUUAUUUCGCUAUAAUGGAAUUAUUUCAUCUCAGAAUUCUUUGUCGCCAGGACCCAUAGCGUAUUUAAUAAGUGGCAGUAAUGUAACAUUCAAAUUUACCACUAGUAAUCAUUGGAAUUUCACGUACUUCUAUGAUUAUGGACUAAUGGAAGACAACUUUGCAAGAGUUAUAUAUCAGAGCAACAGAACAAUUUGCAGGCCAUUUUUUAUAGACUCACAACUCGGUGCGGACAAAUAUACUGCUAUACCGUGCUAUGUUGGUCAACCAGUCAGCAUUAUAAUUCGAUACAUUAAUUCAUCGUAUCAUAAUAAAACUAUAGCUUGUAGACCUGACCAAGGAGAACUUAUCACUACAACUGUCAAAAUUAGAGUCAGAUUAACUAGAAAUAGAGCUAGCAAGCCAAUAUUUCAUGCUGAAUCACCACAUUUAACUUCUGUGCUGAUUUGAAACAUUAUGUAUUUGGUGUUUGUUCACUCUUCAAGUUAAAAUGGUAAGAUGAAAAAGAUGCUAACUUCUCCAGAAAUGGAUCCCAAUGGAAUACGUAAUAUUGAAGAUGGGACAUCCGUUAACUUUAAAUGUACAUCGAAAAGCAUUCCUAGAUCAUCGAUAGAAUGGUACAUAAGUGGAUCGAAGUUGAAUGGUACUGUAACAACCUUUAACCCAACGGAAAACACAGUAGUUUCUACAAUUAUUUACCUGACAAAGAAAGAAGACUAUAAUAAAAUUCUGUUUUGUAGUGCGAACGAUUCGUUCACAGCGAUGAACUCUUCAUCUGCUACUCUCAACAUUGAAUAUGUUCCUACAGUACACAUUGAUCCUGAUUAUAAUCCCUAUAUAUUGUAUGCAAGACAACAAAACGUAACAUUGACAUGCGUAGUAGAUGAUGCAAAUCCUGCAGAUGGUAUAACAUUUCAUUGGACUAAUCGUAUUGGUAUUGCAUCUGAUCAAACCAUUAUCGUAGCAAAUGUUUCGAGUAAACAUAGCGGAGAAUAUAGAUGUAAAGCUGAGAAUAAAAUAGGCAAUUCUAGUGUAAGCUCUAAACUGUUAAAGGUACAAUAUGCAGCAAUGAUAGAAAACAUCUCUGAUAUUAUCAUUGUAGAAGGGGCAAAUCUCCAGUUAUAUCCUACUGUAGACGCAAAUCCAGCUCCUUUAUCUGUUUGGUGGACCCGACAUAAUGAUGCUAAUUUUACAUUUCAUGUUUCAAAUCUAAAAAUCAAUAAUAUACAGAAGGAAGCGACUGCAAACUACACCUACCAUGUUAUGAAUAUUCUAACUCCAUCGGGAAUCAAUGCCAUCAAUAGAACAUCUAGAAUGACUAUCCAUGUAGAUGUUCAGUAUUUCCCAGAUGUUCACAUGGAACCCAAAUAUAAUCCAUAUAUACUAUACCAAAAUCAGCAAAACGUAGUGUUAGCAUGUGUAACUGAUGAUGCCAACCCUGCAGAUAUCAUUGCUUACCAAUGGAACAGUCCAAGUGGUACCGCGAAUAGUCAAAAUAUUACUAUAUCAACUGUGAACGAGAUUCACAGUGGACAGUACUCAUGUAGUGCUACAAAUUUAGCAGGAACGUCGAAUGUUUCAACUAAGCAGAUUGACGUGCAUUAUGGUCCACAGCUAACAAACAUCGUCAACCACUAUGACAUUAUAGAAGGAGACAACUUAAUCGUGUCUCCAAUGGUAGAUUCUAAUCCAGUAGGUGAAUUGAUAUUGUGGACCAGACAGAAUGAUGCAAACUUCAGAUAUAACAGUUCUGUACUUAAAAUCAACAAAAUCAAUAGAACAUCAAGUGACAACUACACUUGUUACGUAAUGAACACUAUAUCUCCUUCGGGGAUGGCUGAAAUGACCAGAACAACUCAGAAGACGUUCUACGUAAACGUACAAUUUAAACCGUUUGCUGACUAUAGCAUACCAUAUUCACCCUUACAUAUUAGUCCAAAAGAAGGCAGUAUCCUUCUAAUAACAGUCACAAUAACCGCUAACCCUACCCCAAAAAUAAUAUGGAGAUUCCAGGCUGAGGCGGAUUUUGGUUCAUGCAAUUUAAGCACAUUAUUAUCAAACACUACUACCAAUGGAUUCCGUACUUCAUCAUUCAUAGCCUUCGAUAGUGUGCAAAUAAGCAACUUUGGGGAUUAUACUUUCACAGCUAAAAAUUCAGCUGGAUUUUUUGUUCGCAGAUUUUUCGUCACCGAAGAAGUUAAUGCCAUACCACCAUCAUUAGAAUAUGUUGUAUGCAAGAGCACGACGGCAAUUGUGAUGUGGAAACAUAUUGUAAACGAAGAUAGCUCCUUGGAAUAUUAUAUACAAUAUGCUGAAAAUGGAAAAAACAUGAAAUCAGAAAAAUUACACCAGGAUUACACGAACCAACUGAUGGCAUAUACAGUGAAUGGCUUAAAUCCCUAUAGAAAAUAUACCUUCUCUAUCCUUGCUGUAAAUUUAUUGACCGAGUCUAUGUCUCGAACAGUGGAAUGUUUAACUGAUGUGUCAUGCUCAAGACAAGAGAUAAGCGAACUCCAAAAUGAACAUACCAGAAUGUUUGUUGCAGGAAUAGCAAUGCUAGGUGUUGGAUUGUUGAUCGUUACUGCCGUGACAGUUUUUGUCGUCCGCAACAGUUUCAAGAACAAGGCAUGUGAAUCAACUACAUCUGAUGAACAUAUUAAUGAACAGAUAAGUAAUCCCGCCUUCACAAAUGUAGACAACACGUCUUAUUACGAUUCAAUACCACCUCAAGAGCGAAGAAUAGAUUCAGAACAUCGUACUAAUGUAAAUGCAUACGAAGAUAUGCCGACACUAUCAAAAGUUGAGGAUCCAAUUGAAAAAACAACAGAGAAAAACGUUAUAGACACCAAUAUUAACAUUUACGAAUCGAUGAAGGAACAAGCAUGUGCAAAAACAUCAAUGGUAGACCCACUGAGGGAAUUGAAAGUUAUGAAUCUAUCAGAUAGUAGGACUGGUCUUUACGAAUCUAUGAAGAUGCCUGCAAAAGAUAAUACACAAACGUCAGACCUAGGGAGGGAAAUAACAGUUGAAAAUACCUCAGGAAGUAAUAAUCAACUCUCCAAAACUGUGAAGACGCCUAUACAAGAGGCAGAAACGUCAACUGAAAAUAAAAUUGUGGAUAUGUAUACCAGUUUUGUAAACAUACGAAACAAAUAAAGCUAUCAAAAGUGAUGCCAAAUGUGAUUUUCCUAUACCUAUUAUUGUCAUCAACCGGCAGUUAAAAAAUUCACCAAACAUUAUCAUGAUAUUAACGUCUUGGAUGCCUUUUUAUAUGCACCAGUGGUUCAGUACUUUCUAUGACAACGCUCGAGAGUUGUUGCCAUGAUAAUAUUUUGUUUGAGGAGAGGCAUAGAAGGACUAAGGAUUCCUAUAGACGCACUGUUGAUAUUGAUGGAUAUUUUCAGCACUCGCAUUUGCCUACAAUUUUUUGUUUCUGCAAUGAAAUGUCAGUACAGCUGUCAUUUGAACAGUCUAUAUAUCACGACAAUAUCUAUUUCAUAAGUAACUUGUUUGCAAGAUUUUAUAAGUAGAUAUAAUAUUGUAUAAUACCGUUACGAUUGUUAAAGUGCAAAAAUAGAAAUUUCAGGCAUACGAGGGUAAGAUUUCCUUCCAAGGGCUAGAAAUUAAAUACCAUAACAUUAUUAUUUCUGCUAUAUGCUAUGACUUUGUAUCCAUCAAUUGAGAGCAAUAAUACGACCCAGUACAAAGCUUCAGGACAAACAUACAAACAUGCAUGCUUUUAUUUUUAAAGAGUGAUUGUCUCAUGAUUUCUUUAAUUCCUUAACUGGGAUACUCCGGAAGUGACAGACGUUUCUUUCCCGUUUUUUGUACGGUUACAACCUGUUCAUGAAUGUAAUUCCUGUUUCACUUUUUGCAACCGUCGGUUAUUCACGUUAAAAUCAGACGAAAGAUAACCCAUGAUAAGUUUUCAAACUUUUGCGGAGUAGUAAAUGUCUCGUUACCCGUUACAUUUUUAUACCAAAUGUAAAGGGUGUAUAUCUUUAAAAAAUAACUACUGGUAUUACUGUUGAGUAAUUGCGUAGUUUCCUUUUUGCUGGAAUGUGUAUUAUUUUUAAGGUGGUUGUAUUUGCAAUACCUUUUAUACGGAAAUGUGUAGUCUCCGUGCACGUUUAAAUUCCUUUUUUAUUGUCUUGAAAACUUUGAUAGGUAGACAAAUAUAAUUGUAAAAUGCAAAGGUGAUAAAAAAAACAAGACAUGAACAUAAAUUUGCAAACGUUGCUGUAUAUUUCAGCAUUUACUACAUGUACAGUGUUUGUCGGAAAAUGGAAAAGCAAACUUGAAAAUCAACAAACUUUAGCUCGCUCGAAGCACUUUAAGUCUUUUAAUUCAUUAUAACAGCUAAGUGCAAACCUAUCUUAUUUGAAGGGGAUAAAUGGGUAUUCGUUCCGAUAUUUAUUUUUUUAAACAAAUACCAAAUAGUUUUAACUGUCACAAGGACUGAACAUAUAUUUUCUGAAUGUUAUUGGUGUGUUACGUGGACAAAUUUGCCCACAAAUAGAUGCUUAUUUUAUCACUGUCUCUUAUUCGUAUCUAAGUGAAUUGGUCCAGUAUAUAAAUCAACUCCGUCAAAAAUGUUUUAAUCCAAUUGUAAACCUAGCAUAUUUGAUGAGUUUUUACAACCACUGUCACUUCUGUGUUGACAUGAAAAUCAUUGAUAAAGUCAUUUUCUGUAAACUAGCUGUUUAUACAAUGCUGAAUUAUUCGAAACACUUAGGUUUUUCUAUCCCCAGGAAAUGAAAGCCUUAGCCGUAUUUGGCACAAAUUUUCGAAAUUUUCUGUUUUUAAUGCUCUCUAUGUAUUUAAUUUGGUCUUCCAACUUUUUUAAAUUGACCACAGCUAAUGAGUCCUGUGAAGACGACACGCGCGUUUAGCGUUCUAUAUUGUAAGGCUGAUAUGUUUGAUAGGUUUUAAAAUUACCAUUUAUAUCAACACGGUAAGGAAAACAAUAUGAUCUUCGCUUUUAUAUUUAAAUUAUCAAGAUUCUGAUAAAUGAGGUAGUUUUCAACGUUUAAUUUAUUAUACAACUACAUAGGGAAAUCUACAAAGAUAGGUUUGCAUGCUUGUGUUUGGGAUACAUGCAGUUGAACAAAUAAAAUAUUUGACAAGAAAAGUUCUGUAUUUUUUAUUUGAAGUUUAUGGGAAGAAAUAAAUGUACAACUUAA